CACGCAGCGGUGCACUCAAACCAAAAACUCGGCUAAAAAUCCUCCACUUUUUUACUCCUUCUGACGCAAAAAGAGUUAAAUUUCGAAUUGAUGAGCGAUAUUUUUUAAGGAGAGGACGAAAACCACACCCACCGACAUGGAAGAAGGAGACUUCUUUCAAGGAGGAGAUGGAGGUGGUGGGGGUGGGAGAGGUUUUACCGAUUUCAGUGACGAUGUCGGACUCGGCCCGCCACCGCAGCACAUGGGAAGCCCUUUUCGAGGAGGAAGGGGGGGUGGACCUUGGAGGGGUGGCGGAGGUCGAGGUGGUCGUGGCGGGGGACACUUUGACAAUGGUUUCGGGCCACGAGGUCCUCCACCGAGGGGUUUUAGAGGUGGAAGAGGGGGUGGUUUUGGUGGACCGCCAGGCGGACCAAAUAUGAGGGGUGGAUCGCCCGGGCAGAGAGGAUUUCGUGGUGGUGGUGGACACUUUGAGAGAGGAGGUAGUCCAUUUCGCUUCCCACCUGGAGGACCAGGAUGGAAUGGGCCCCCACCGUUUCAAAUGGGCCCCGGGGGCGGAGGACCCCCCAUGGAGAACUCCAAUGAAUCUGAGAGUGGACAGCAAAUUUGGGCUGAGACUAAGACAGACACAGGGUCGUCGUACUAUUACAAUACAAAGACAAGAAUUACGACAUGGGAAAGGCCAGAAGGACCAAAUGUUACAGUAAUGAGCCACGAAGAGUGGACCGGAAUGAUUAAAGGACAAGGGGGUAUGAAUAAAGGGAAGUUCAGUCAAGAAAACCAGGACAAUGCUGCCGUGGCUGGUCAAAACCAGUCUUCAUCGCCUAGUCAAGGGGCUGCAGGCAGUGACGAAAACGGGAUUCGCCCCACUGAAGCGAAACCGCUGGAUACACAGAUGCGGAAUCCACCCCCAAUGUUGGGCUCUGCCCCUGGUCAGCAAUCAAUGCCACCAGGUUUCCCUCCUUUUGGUGGUAUGUCCGUCCCACCUCCGUUCGGGAUCAAUUUUCCCCAGAAUUUUCCUAUGGUUCCUCCCCCAUGGAAUCCUAUGUCUGGUACUGGGCCUCCUCCAGUCGGAGUUCCGCCUCUCCUGGGUCCCGCUUCUGAUCCAAUUCUCCAGCACGUGGAUCCACUUGUCGUGGCAAGGGCAUUCGAGUGGUCUGAGCACUACUCUCCUGAGGGGAAACCAUACUAUUUCAACGUAAAGACACAGACGUCGGUGUGGGUGAAACCAAUGCCGAUGAUUGAAUUAGAUACCGCUAAGGUGAUUGCCCAACAGCGCAUCACGCAACAAAAUAUGAUAAAUGCGACCAAGGAGAAGGAGCGGAACGAAAAGCAUGGAGAAUAUCGAGAGAGAGCAGAGGCCGCCACAAAAAAGUUGAUGGCUUCGAAUGACAAAGGAAAGCCGAUCUCCUCCACCCCCGUGACGGGCACACCAUGGUGCAUUGUCUGGACGGGUGACAAACGCGUCUUCUUUUACAAUCCAUCUACAAAGUCUUCCGUUUGGGAGAGGCCACCAGAGCUGGCUUGUCGAAACGACGUAGAUGAGCUGCUCUCGACCUGUCCUGCAGUCAAAGUUGUGCCCACCCUACCCGUUAAGAAGGCUGAGGCGACGAGCACAUCAGAAUCUUCGUCAGCAAAUAGUGCGGGUGCUGCUGCUACUAGUACUGGAGGUGGAACUCCUGCUACUGGGAGUUUCUCAAUCACGAUUAGCCCAAACGUGGCUAGUUUGGACUUGACCCCAAAACCGGCCGGGGUCGUGGGUGAGAAAAGAUCACUGGAUGGGACUGAACCACCAGGAGAGGCACCACCGCCAGAGAAGAAAAUCAAGACGGAUAGUCAAGAAGAGGAGAAUGAAGAUGAUGAAGCCGAGUCACAAGAUAAAGAAAUCAUCACCAUCGAAGAUAAGGAUGACAAGGAUGUGGACAAAGAUGCUCCCAACAGUCAAGGAAGCACUCUAGAAUUUGAGGUCAAGGCGGCUCGAGAACGAGCUAUCGUUCCCCUCGAAACACGUCUUCAGCAGUUCAAGGAGAUGCUGAUUGAGAAACAAGUCUCGGCCUUUUCCACGUGGGAAAAAGAACUGCACAAAAUCGUCUUCGACUCACGCUACCUCCUCCUCACAUCCAAGGAGAGGAAGGCUGCAUUCGACGACUACGUCAAGGAGAGAGCAUUCGAGGAACGCAAGGAAAAGAAGGCACGGCUCGCACAAGUCAAGGAACGUUUCAUGAAGUUCUUGGAAAGUGUCCAUGUUCAUCCCAAGAUGAGUUAUAACGAAUUAUCGCAAAAGUAUAGUAGAGACGAACGUUACAAGUCUGUAGAAAAAUCUCGUGAUCGAGAAUCCUACCUGUCCGAAUAUAUUGCCGAGUUAAAAAAGAAGGAGAAGGAUGCUCGGAAAAUGGAGAAAGAUAAGGUAAAAGAUGAUUUCCUCUCCGCUCUACAAAAGUCCAUCUCCGAUUACCACAUAGGGUGGGAGGACGCUCGAGAAAUGGUUGACAGCUCCCGCUUUGAUGUACUUGCCAGUGAUGAGAAGGCUGAAUUGUUCCGCUCGUUCCGCAAACAGCUCAAGAUAACCACCAAAUCGAGAGACCGUAAGAAGAAGAAGAGUAAGCGGGAGAAGCGUCGACGUGAAAACGAGAAAAAGCAGAAGGGAUCAGAUGCACAUGGAGGGAAAGAUGCUAAGACUGUAGUGGACGACAAUGGUGAAAUUGUCGAGGAGGAAGGCACAACGCCCGACUCGGAGAAAGCUGAGGGUGGAGAAAGUGAUAAAGUAGAAGACAUUUCGGAUGAAGAGGAGGGUGCCAUCACCGACGACACCGAGGACGAAGACAGGAUUAAGAAGGAAAAAGCUCAAAUUAGUAUCCGUGAGCGGGAGAAGGAAGUUCAGCGAACGCUGGCCACACACCUCCGUGAUCGUGACAAGGAGCGAGACUACUACCGACACGAAGAAGCUGUUCAAGAAUGCCAAGCCCUCCUCACCGACUUGGUCAAGCUAAGCGAAACUACAUGGAAGGAUGCAAAGAAGGCGAUGAAAAGAGAUCGGAGGUGGGAACCCAUCUCGUUUCUUGACAAAGAAGAGGUGGAACUCUUGUUUAAUCAGCACCUGGAAAAUAUCGAAAAGAAGAAAAAGUUUCGAUUUCGAGAGUUGCUCCGUGAGAACAGAGUGAAAUUGAAUUCGUCAUGGAAAGAGACACGACGCAAGAUUAGAGAGGAUCCCCGAUUCAACAAGUUUUCGACAGAUGAUAGGAAAUGUGAACGCGAGUUCACCCUGUACCUCAAAGAUCUGGUCACUAGUUACAAAAGUGACUUCCGAAUGUUGCUUAAGGAGACAAAAAUGCUUACCUACAAAACGAAGCAGCUCGUUCGUGAAAAUCCCCAAAUGAUGCGGGACAUUGAAGCAGUACUCGAAAAGGAUAAGCGCUUCCUCAAUUUGGAAACGAUGAUUGAUGAGCGUCACCGACUGAUUGUGGAUUACAUUGAGGAAUUGGGGCGACAGGGCCCUCCUCCACCACCCACGGCUCCCGACAAGGUCAGCCGCAGACUUAAGUAGAACGACGACCACGACGGACGAAAGAAUUUAUAGAAUAAGACUUGUUAAUUUUUAAGAUUGAUAUGAUGAAUGACCUGUUGAGUUUUCCAGUUUCAAUUCCAAUUUUUACAUUUUUCAUGUAACAACUUAACUUGCUUGUUUAGACUCAUUUAGAUAAUAAUUACUAUAUUGCUAUGUUUUACCAUUGUCCAAUUAAGUCAGUAUUGCUGUAUUUGGAUUAGACUAAAGUUACAUAAAGGUAAAAUAGCUACAAUGAAUAAAAACUACGCAAGUGGUUGGAAAUUA